CCGCCGCCGCUGCCGACACGCAGACCCCCUCCUGUCCUGCACCGGGACGGGACGCACCGCCGAUCCGGUCCGGUACGCGCCAUCAGGUCUGUCUGCAGGCUGCACCUCCGAUAGAGAACCAACCGGCCGCGGGAUUUAUAAAGAAAUAAAAAAUGAUCAAGAACGGACAUCACCACCACCACCAAGUGAGCACGACAGCCGGGAAAGACGCAGGGACGACCCCGGGGGCUGCGGCGUGCAGUCCCGAGAAGAGGAGGCGGAGGAUCCGGGUGUGGUGCGAUGGCUGCUACGACAUGGUGCAUUACGGCCACUCCAACCAGCUGCGGCAGGCGAAGGCCAUGGGAGAUUACCUCAUAGUCGGCGUGCACACAGACAGUGAGAUUGCGAAGCACAAAGGUCCGCCGGUCUUCACUCAGGAAGAAAGAUACAAGAUGGUGCGGGCCAUAAAGUGGGUGGACGAGGUGGUGGAGGGGGCGCCGUACGUCACCACCCUCCAGACCCUCGACAAGUACAACUGUGACUUCUGCGUGCACGGAGAUGAUAUAACACUGACCGUGGACGGGAAAGAUACGUACGAAGAGGUGAAGAAGUCAGGGCGCUACAGGGAGUGUAAAAGGACCCAGGGAGUUUCAACUACAGACCUUGUUGGCAGGAUGCUGCUGAUGACCAAAGCACAUCACAGUAACAUUGACAGUUCAGACUAUCAGCAGCACACGGAUAACUUUGGAAAGGGCGCACAUGGUCAGAAGGGCCACAGUCCCUGGACGGGAGUGUCGCAGUUCCUGCAGACCUCUCAGAAGAUCAUCCAGUUCGCUUCGGGCCGGGAGCCGCAACCCGGAGACACCAUCAUUUACGUGGCGGGAGCCUUUGACCUCUUCCAUAUUGGUCAUGUGGACUUCCUGGAAGCCGUACACAAGCUUGCAGAAAAGCCAUAUAUUAUAGUGGGGUUGCACUUUGACCAGGAGGUGAAUCGUUACAAAGGGAAAAACUACCCCAUCAUGAAUGUCCACGAGAGGACCCUCAGCGUCCUGGCUUGUCGAUACGUGUCAGAGGUGGUGAUCGGUGCUCCCUUCGCAGUCACAAAAGAUCUGCUGGAUCAUUUUAAAGUGGAUCUUGUUUGUCACGGAAAGACAGAAAUAUACCCUGACAAAGAUGGAUCUGACCCCUAUGCAGAGCCGAGGCGGAAAGGAAUCCUGCGCACCGUGGACAGCGGCAACAGCCUCACAACCGAUGCAAUUGUGCAAAGGAUAAUCAAAAACAGGCUGCUGUUUGAAGCAAGAAACCAGAAGAAGGAGGCCAAAGAGAUCGCCGUGAUCCAGGCGAUGAAGCGACAAGAGGAGGAGAAGACUAAAGAAAGAGCCCAAGCUGUGCUGUAGACGCCGUAAACGAUCUGAACUGACGAGCUCAAUCAGUAAAAACAUACUAAACUAUCCCCUCUGUAAGAGUUAGCACACCCUCUGAACGUUAUCCUGGCUGAUAGCAGUAGUCUGAACCGCAGCCUGCUGUGGCAGAGCGCUGUGGGAUCAUCAGGUAUACUAUUAAUGUGUGUGUCUGUCGUGUUUUGUGUGUGUGUGUGUGUGAGCGUGUGAGUGCGUAUGUGUGAAAGGGUGGGAGUUGAUGUAUUAAUAUAUUCCACAUAUGCAACUAAAUGCUCAGAUGUGUAAAAAAGAUAUUUAACAGGUUGGAACGGGGAAGAUGUCACUUAUAUCUUCAAAUGUCUAUUUUAUGUCUUCGGAUAUUUUUAAUUACUCAAGUAUGUUUAUUUUUCUGCCUUCAAAAAAAUGUUGAAUUUUUUCACAGGCCUUUGGGAAUAUGAAAUUUGGGGCAUGGGAUGCUGAUCGGGCCUUUAAUGAUCUAACAAGGAAGUGAUUUGUUUUCAUUUCUAAGGGGUUGUUGCUGCUUUUCGCCCAGCACUGGGCUUUUGCCCCGCAACUAAUCUUUGUAUAUACCACAUGUAAGUAUGUAUUAUACCGCGAUCGCGGGCAAUCGGAGGAUUCGGGGGAGACGUUUUUCCCACUUCUCUGCUCUGUCAUUGGGUUUGAAGUGAGACGUUUCUUUCAGGACCUCAUGUACAGACCAGAUCCUGCUCCGGACCGCGCUGGUCGCCGACAGGCGGUCAGAACUGUUCCGUUUUAACGAUAGAGUUGUUUUUUAACUGAAAAAUUCGCACACUGUCGAGACCUGGAGGUCUCGCCUUUUAGGUGCAAUAGACUCCCUCGUUUGUUUUUAUUUUUUUAAACCCAACGGUCCUUUGAUUUCUCCUGAUGAUAGGGAAAACCACAGUUUCAGCCCUUAGCUUUCAUAGAGAACUGUGACCGGUGCUCAGUGUUGUUCAGAUCAUAAACUAGACUUCCAGUCAUUCGAGUCCUGAAUAAUUUAACCUCUGUCUCUUUAUCAAAUGGAUUAAAUAAUAUAUUUUUUGUAGAUGUAUAUUUUACUCACUUCCUCUUCAUUAACUAAUGUAUAGAGUGUUUCAUAUUGUUUAGAAAUCAUAAUAAUAUGUCUGUACGUCGGGUUGGAAUGUAUUCAGUGUAGGUUAUAAUCUAUAUGUCAUUGACAGUUCCCAGUCGACACGUACUGUAAAAACUGAUGGGACUACAGUGUAUUAUUGCUGAUAAUAAUAAUAACAACAAGUUUAUUCUCAAAACCUGUGUG